AAAAUCUGAAUAUUGGACGUAUUCCUGUCAAUAUAAAGACCUGUCCGAAGUACCUCAGAUGUGAACAAUCGGAUAUUUUAUUCAUUUAAGUAAAAUGAAAUGGAUAGCGGACUGACCUUGGUUUUAAAACGGGAAUAACCUUCAAAUCAGUUAUGUGAAAGGCGGCAUAAACUGCUUGAGAACCGAAGGAAGGCUGCACCGGAUACUUCCAUCUAUUUCAUUAUCAUCCACGACAGAGAAACACGAACUUAUCCUUUAUUCCCAGUUGGGUAUCUAUGAUAUUUGCACUUUCAUUGGAAAAACUGAAAUCAGAAUUUGCCGAGGAGAUGAAGCUACCCGGCACCAUUAUUAUGAAUUUGGAUUAGCGAUUGCCAAGCCGCUUUGCAUCUGAUUCCACAUGAGGACAGGAAACACGUUAUCCAUUACGCGUAUGGGCCAUAUUUCCUCUACUCGCUUGUAUAUCUAGGAUUUUUUUAAAGGAUAUUCAUUAAGGUUGAGUACCCUUAAGCCAUACUUUGACGAGAAAAGGCGAUUUGUCUUGAGCGUAGCUACGUUUACCAACGCGCUGAUCGACCCGGUAGAUAUUGCGGCACAACCACCAGGGAGUUGUCAGUAAAGCCUGGUGGCGGCUUUCGGAAAUUACUAUGCAUGGCGGUACACCAGACGUUCAGGGUGCCGUGAUUUCGCAAGUGAUGCUUUCACCUUCUCGUCUUCUUUCUCAUAAUCUCUCUCUAUCCUUCUCUGAACACAUAGAAGCUCGGAGUUUGUACAGGUCAAAGGAAAGGAGCGAAACCAUUUCUAUAUAGCGAACAUAAUCCAUACUAGAAGGGUUUAAUCGAAAGAAACUGAUACAAGGAGUGAUCAUCGCCUUGUGUAGAUUAACAUAAGGUUGAGAGUGACAUCUGCUGCCUUUCUGGGUCAACGUUAUUGAAUUCGCAUUAAAAAAGAAAGACGAUAGAGCAGCUAUGUUUACAUCGCCUUACCUCCUGAAGGGACAAAAGUCAAGCAUGCAUUGGAAAUAGAUACAGAGCAGAUCUAUACAGACUAUACACGAUGUCCUCUUGGAUGAUAUCAUUUUUCAGUUCAAUUUCAGUUCAGUUCAAGAGUUCGCCGGAUAAUUGAUUUCAUCAUGUCGCCUACAACUUUGAAUUCGUCCAUCCUGCAGGCAGGAGAGGGCGGGCUCCUACCUGAUCUACAAGAAGGAUUCAAUGUUUUGCAAUUGAGCCGUCGAGCGGCUGCGGAGCCACCAGGGUUAAACUUUACAGCAAUGGUGGCCCUUCAGCCCAGUACCACCAUCUUGAUACCGAUCAUUAUGUUUAGCAUAGGAUUGAUAGGAAAUAUAAUAGCCUUAGGAGUGUACUACUGCUCAUCAUCGUGGCAUCGAGCCACAGCCUUUUAUGGUAUCCUUCGUGGGUUCUUCAUUACCAGUCUUGUCGGAUAUCUGACUAUCUAUCCUAUUAUAAUCGCUGUCCACAUCAAUGGUUUGCACUGGAUCGGAGGAUCAAGGAUGUGUGAAUUUCAUGGAUUUUGUGUCCUAUCCUUUGGAAUGUCCCUGGCCUACAUGACAGGCUUCCUUGGGUUUGAGCGCUUCCUCGCUGCCUGUCGGCCGUUAACGUACAAUCGUAAGGUUGAACCCCGGAAGAUACCCUUCGUACUUGUGCUGCUAUGGGUCGUCUCCGUUUUCACAGGAAUCCUACCUCUUGUAGGGUUCGGACAAAUCUCUUUACACUACCCUUCAACAUGGUGUUUUAUCAAUUGGAGAGACGAAGAGACGGUCGGUCGUUUAUUCAGUAGCGUGCUCGCAACAAUAAUCAUCGCAAUCAUCCUGCUCGUGAUUGUUUCCAUUUUAGCAGCGACAAUCGGGGCGAUAUUAAGGACUUGCAAGAGGUGCAAAGACACUACGGCAGGUAAAGAGAAUGAGAGAGGGCGCUAUAGUUUGACUUUGACGAUUGAUGAUAACUCUCACCGGAUACCAAGGCGAUUCUUUGCAGCUGAUAGAGCUCUUUUAUGGGCCACCAUCCACUAUGCUCUUCUCGCGUGUGGAUUUUUAGUUUGUUACAUUCCAAUAGUGAUGAGGAUAAUAGCUAAUGUCUCAGGUCAGCGAAUCAACCACUUCAAGGAUAUGGCUGCCAUGCACUGGGCCGAGUUCUACCCCGCCUUCUGUCCCUGGCUGUACAUCCUGUGCCAUGAGCAGAUCUGGAUGCGACUUACCUGUAGAAAACCUGCAUAUAGGGACGUCCCCUACUCAAGACAAAGCCUACGCCGUCGAAGUACCCGCGGCCGGCGGUCAUCAGGCCGCGGUCACGACUGUAUUCGAGAAGCCAACGUCCGGAGCCAUCGGGAAUCAUUGUCAAUGGGAACGAGCAACCACGUCAAUGUCGUCAUGCACGACCACGUGGAUGGUUACGCGGUCGUCGGUAGACAGGAUGGCUCGAGUAAAGAAGAACCAGUAAGAGGACGAUCAGCCAGGAAAAAACUCGAUUUCAUCAAGGAAGACGAUGUCUCUAAUGGGCGCUCUCCGCAAAGUCCAUCAGCGGCGAAUUCUCCUGUACGCCUACCAACAACAGCUUCGAAAACAUCCCCGGGAGGUAGAAUUCGAUCUUCCUCAUCAUCAUCCACAGUAUCAUCGACGAGGUCUCCCACAAAAGAGGCUCCACGAUCCCCAUCGUCAUCGUCAACCGCUUCCAUACACAAUGCAAAUCGAUCGCCAUCGGCAUCAUCGGUGAAAUCUCUUCCCAAAUCAUCAACAACCAAUACCCCGCGAUCACCGACCACGGUGACAACACCGCCUUCGUCUGUCACGGACCGUCUUAUUAUAUCAAGUACGGACAAACAGAAGACAAAGCUCAUAGUGACAAAUAGUUUUCCGGUGGCGAAUGGGCCAGUGAUACAGAACCACGUCAACGCCACCCGCAGCAAAAGCAGCGCUGCAAGUACAACGGGUGGCAGUAGAAAGAACAGGAAAGGGGAGUACAGUCGCGUCCCUACAGAUCCGGAAGAAAGUGUGCCACCAGCGAGUAUCACGUCUAAAAGAACCACGUACGCAAAGACCGGCCGAAAGGAAUCAUCUAUAUGAAUGACUGUCAUCACGAACAGAGGUGAUGAAUCCUCGCAGAGACCUUUUUUCCUGGACACUUUUUGAAACUUCCCAUGCCUUAGAUUCGUCAAGACCUGAAGUACCUAUCAUUGGGUACACACCUCCGCGUCGGGCGCCAACGACAGAUGGACCGUUUCGUUUUGAUUAAGUGAAAGUUAGGGUCCUUUAGAGAAAAAGUUUCUUUACAGGAGAAGUUUAUUUUACAACAGAGAUGAAAAUAAUCAUAACCUCCAUCUUGAUGUAUUUUCAUUAGCGGUACAUAAUAUAACUAUUGUUGAAACAUGAAUAGAGCGAAGGAAUUAAACAAGGAACCUUUUUUAGUUGUCGUUUUCUUUUUUAAUCUUUUGUCUCGCCCUUAUUCGAUUUAAACCAAUCGCUAGAAUAAGAAAUGCAAAACAGAAAAAGAAUAAAAAUACAAAACAAUAAAAAGGAAUGCAAAACCAUACCAAAUAACAUAAUGUGAUGCAAGUUAAUGUAACACACGUGCACAGCAUAUUGUAGCUUCACUUUAUUUUUAUUCAAUGUUCGUUGUUUGUGCCGUGUGCUGUUGACCUAAUAAAGGUCCUUUUAUUCUACAUUCAAUUAUCUAAUAUGAACAUGCCUUUCGUCCCGAGAUUUUACUUCUUAUAUUUUGCAUAUUAAUUAUUCAAAGUAAUUGCUCAGUUGUACUUGAAAAUCAUAAGUGUUUAAUAACAUCUUUUCCCUUUUAUCAUGGGUUUUUGGAUAGGUGGCAGAUACCUCUGUCGUGGUGAUGAUAUUAGAGAAUUUAUGCAUAAAGGAUGGGAUUUUUUUCAGAACGCUUAAUACUGCAAUGUGAUUCAAUGGAGCAAAAACUCAUCCGCCAAAUCGAUUCUACUUCCACGCAUGCGCCAUCGAAAUUUUUCUCGUCUUCUGCAUUUUCAUGACGUUUUCAUUCAGACAAAAUAGCGUUGGUCGGUGAAGGAUAUAAGACAUCACAACUGUGGUUAUUUCUAUCUUAUACAUUGCCUGUCGGCCUAAAUGAUGUACGUACAUGCUUGACUGACUUCUAUUGUACAUGUAUGUUUAUGUCCUUUUAAAGUUCCCGUCCUGUAAUGGAAAGUCCCUAUGAAAAUUCCAAAGACGGGUAGCAAGCAUGUUUUUGAGUAAUCAAAUUGUUUUUUCAAAAAGUUCAUGAAAGCUUUUACUCUUCGAAUCUGAUCUCUCUCUACUUUUUAUUGCCCAUCCCUCUCUCUCUCUAUCUAACGUCUGUGAAUAUUCACUUUUUUAUCAGCCCAUUCCAUUCAAAUAUCUUUAUACCCACUGGCGGAUCCCUUUAAGAAGCAAAAUUAAAAUUUGUUAUGUAAAAAUGCCAUGAAAACAGAGGUGUGCCCCCUCUUUCGAAAGUGAAGACCCUUUUUUUUUUGCUUGUCAAAUUUUUCCUACAAAAAAUGUGCCCCCCCCCCUUUUGAAAAAUCCUGUAUCCGCCCAUGUUUAUAUCUCCUUCUAUACCCACAAAUUAUUCGCCUUUGCCACUUGUAGGUUAUUACAAUAACACACAAAAUACAAUUUUCAGAUAAAUAUUGUAAAACAACCCGUAUUCUUCUUAGCCAUCCUAAAUGUAAAUUCUCAAUAUCAAAUGAAAUUAAUGUUCACAUUUGUGUACUCCUUUGCAGUUAUAAUAUUCAUUAGGUAUGGUGUUUUGUCUAAAGAAUCUGUAAAAUUUUGACAACAAUAUGCCUACAUAUCAUAUCUGACUUUUUUUAAUUGCUUAAUAAUGCCAUCAUAUAUUCAUGUAUGAUAACUCUGUUUCCUUAACCAUGAAAAUAAAAUCCCUUUUAGCCACAACUGCACAUAUGCUAUGUUUUAUAAAUGCAAUGAGUUAUUCGGGAGACUAAAUGUGCUUGAUCAUUCAUAUCAAGAAAACUUGUAUUCAUGACGUAUUUGACAGUGCAUUGUUUCUAAAUAAAAUCAUGUAAAUAUUCUAUUUCUUAUUCUGAAGUGUCAAAUAAAGUAAAUUGAAUUCAUGCUAUGCAGCAUAUUAA